AUGGGCGAGUCACAGCGACCAGUGGCAUCGCACAAGACGCCCACACUCGCACCGCAACAGCCAGCGCGCAACUCGCCCUUCGACACGCUCGCUUCCGCGCCCCACUCCCAGCUCCUCGCUCUCGGACUCGUCGUCGCCUUUCUCGGCGGCGGGCUCUGGAUUCUCCGUCUGCGCCCGCGAUUCCCAAAGGACACGUCGAGCAAGGCGAGCAAGAAGCGCAGGCAGGCAGCGCUCAACCGCAUCAUCCAGGCGCAGGAGGCCGCUCAGUCGACUUCAUCCGCCGCUUCUCCCGCGGACGAGGCAGGCAAGGCGCGCGGGCUGCGGGACGCUCUCAAGGCCCCUCUCGCAGCGGCGGCCGACUACCUCCCCUCCCGUUCGACCUCAUCCGCGUGCAUUGCAUCGACCUCUGCCGCGAUCCUCUCCGGCCUCAAACGGAUAGGGAGCGCAGCGAGCGGGGCUUUCUCGGUGACGAGGAGGACGGCGGCGGCGGCGAGCGCGAGCGCGAAGGGGAAGGGGAAGGAACGGUUGGUCGAGGAGACGGAGGAACCGGCGCGCGUAGAUGGAGAUGCGGUCAGUUCGGCGUUGCAGGUGCAGACGGUGCAGGGGGAAGGCUCGACGCGCAGGGGGAGGGGAAGGAAGGGCAAGGGUGGGACGGCGGCGGGAGGAGGGUUACCUUCGCCGUCGCUCUCACACUCGCAGGGCUCGAGACCGCACAGUCCGAAACCGGUCAUGCGAGAAGUUGGCGUUUCUUGCGCUGGCUGGACGAGGGUCGAGACGAGCGAUGCGGGCGUACAGACGGAUCCGCAUGAGGUGGAAGUGGAGGCGAUUUCGCGGCGCGAAGACGAGCGGGUACCGCAGAUCCAGCGCCUCGACUCGGACCCGACACCGAGGAGCGACUCGCCUCCUCGCGGUCGCGCAUGUAUUGGAGAAGAUCCUCCUCCACCUCCCGACGAUCCACCUUCGGUCCCCCCUCUUCCCCUCGCUCGCGCCGACAUCCUCGCAGCGCCCGCUCCGCGCCCUCCGAUCCUCCCAAUCCCCUUCGACCUGCACGCCUCCUUCCGCUCCACGCCUACCGAUGCUCCUCCACCCGCCACCGCUCACUCCUCAUCCGCCUCCUCGUCCUCUUAUCCUCCUCUCACCUCGCCCCCUCUCUCGCCCUCCCGCUCGCCAAGCAGCACGAUCCCUCCCACCUCUUCACCAUCCGGCUCUCCGACUUCUUCUCGCCGCGCGCAUUCGCCUACGACGCGGAGGAGGUCGUCGGCGAUCGAGGUGAAUGGACAUUUGGCUGUCGCUUCGAGUGCUUCAGGCGGGUCGGGGUCCGGCGCGUCGACGCCUGCUUCGUCGUCGGCCUCGGCGGAGGGAGGGAAAGCGAGGAAGGCGCAGCGCAAGUCGAGCACCGUCGAGUCGAGCGGGAAAGCAGGGGGAGGCGGAGUAGUGGGAAUGCCCAACGCCAUCGCCGCACCUCGCAAAUCCCCCUCUGUCACUCCCUCCACUCCUUCCACUUCCUCAAGCCCUCGCACUACGAACGUGCCUCUCGCCGGUGUCGGCGGGGGAAGGAGGCCAAGUACGGCGAGUAGUAGCGCUGGGAGUAGUUCGGCGGGUGGAUUUGCGGGAGGAGGGGGAGCGGUGGCGCCUUUGACGGCUGCGACGGCGGAGGGUGGAAGGACGAUCAGGCCGGCUGGCGCGGUGAGGAAGAGGUCGAGUUUGCAGGGCUUGGGGGUGGAGAUGGAUCGCGCGCAGAGGGAGGAAGGGACGGUCGACGGACAAGCAGGAAGGGACGGCUACUUCGGCGGUAUGCGCACGCCGAGCUGGACCUCGCCCGAGUCUUCGCCCUUCCCGACUCAGCGGUCCUUCAGCUCGUCCUUCACCACGACGACGCCCGCGCAGUCUCAGCCGCCAUGGUCGCCUCAGCAAGUCCAGCAGCUCCAGCAGCUCCAGCAGUACCAGUUGCUCAUGUCGCAGUCCUCGGCGGCGCACCACCAGGCUUCGAGGCCGCCCUCGAGAGGGGGUUCUCUGUCCGUCCCGCCGGGGAUGUCGCAGCAGCAGCAACAGCAGCAACAGGCGUACGCGGCGCUCGCGGCGCAGGCGCAGAUUCAGGCUGUGCAUGUCCAGGCGACGUAUCAGCAGGCUAUGGCGCUUCACGUCCAGCGGCAGCAGCAGGCUCAGGUUCAGGGCGCGUCGAGGAGGAGAGGGAUGUCGACUGGACCGAUGGGCGAGGACGACGGGUUCCUCUUACCCGCUACGGCAACUCCUGCGACUCCGAGCGGCUUUUGCUCACUCUCGGCCAUCGCUUCCCCUCCGACCCAGAACGGGACUUGGUCCGCCGCUUCGCACCCCGCUUCACCGAUGGUCGCCUCCUUCGCGUCGCCUCAAUCCGCCUACGCCGCCUCUCCAACCUCAGCGUCGUUCCCGCCCUCUGCAACGACAUACCCCUACUCGUCCGUUACAGUCAACGGCACGCCUACCGGCCCUGGCCCAGCGUACCUCGGCUCGCCCUCGCCUGCCUCGGCAUCGGCAGCGGCGGUAGCGUACCAACAGGCUGCGUACCAGCCACAACAGCAAUAUGCGCGCGCGUCGGGUCAGGCGUACCCGCCUCAGCGGCCGCGGCUGACGUCGAGCGUCUCGUCCGUCGCUGCGCUCGGGAGCGGGAGUAAGCAGUCCCCCGGCGGUGGAGCGGGGAAGAAGGCCGUUGGGACGGACAAGAUGGGUAUGCGAAACGUCUCGAACGGAUCGACGAGCGAGGGGACGACUUCGGGCGGAGUGCAGCUCGGUGAUCCGCCCGCGGGUUGGAAGAACAAGCUCAAGCAGUCGGAGAUGGAGUGCGAGCGGACGGCUAAGGAGCUCGAGAUUGCGAGGUGGAGGUUGACGGUGCUCGAGGAGGAACAGCGCGCGAGCGAACUUGAUAGCCAAGAAGCACUCAAGGCACUUGCGACUCGCGCGAUGCGCGCCGAAGCUCGCAUCAAGCUACUCGAGGAAGCCGUCUCCCGCGCAACGAACGGCUCUUCCGCCGAUCACGUUGACGCGCCACCACCGUCGUUGCCCAGUCCGGCGAGCUCGAGUCCUGUCGUACCUGCGGCUGCAGCUGUACCAAACGGGCUUGCUGUGCCGGGAGCGGGAGAGGCGGAGGUUGCUGUUGCAGGCAGUCCGCUGGGCAGAGGCGUCCACCCGCUUGCCUGGCUAGACCUCGACGCUGUCUCGUUCAGUAGUCCCCGCCCACUCGGUCCUCCUCGCUCUCCCCAGUUCCUUCCCUCGCCCAAGUCCAGCAACAAUCGCCGCCGCAGCAGUCGUCAGUCGUAUCAGCCAAACGAGCCGAACGGUAUCGGUCGUCGCCGUUCAAACGGGAAGCGCAAAACUAGCGCGCCGUCACCUACUCUCGCCAUCCCUCCCGCCACCGCCGACUCGCUUAGUGACGACGACGACCAUGAUGUUGUCAUCGUCCUCGAUGCGCCUUUGCGUCACCGCCCUGUCCCGCGUCGCUCGCCGUCUCGCCGCUCGUCUUACGUCGGUGACGUGGAGGCACUCGACCAGGACGGUUCGAGCUUGCUGGACGAGGACGAGAUCCCGAGCAUCGAUAUCGACGAUGGCGAGCCAAUCGCAGGCGGUGCAGUUGUCGGCGAGAGCGAAGAUGGACUCCGCCUUCACCCCGAGUACAUCGGCUUCUUGCCGUCCUACCUCUCGCACAUCCCGUUCGGCGCUUCGCCAGCUCUCGUCCCGAAUGGACACGCGUCUUCCGUCCCGAGCUUCGUCCUCGACGUCUCGCCGACGUUGGAUCCCGUCGAGUUCGCCCACCCAGCAGAUUCGGCGGAGGACUCGACGGCCAAGCUCGAAGUGCCGACACCCGAGGGACGCGACUCGCCUGAGGACGCACCUGCGCCGACAGCCAAGCAAGGCCAUGGUGUCUUACCAAUGAUCGAUGCGUCUCCGCCUCUCGUCACUGGCCUCUCCGACAAAUCGCUCGCUUCGCCCAUCGAGUCUGGCGAGCCAACACCGCGCGUCGCCUUCCCGCCUUCGCCACCCGAAGAUAAAGCCGACAACUACCUCUCCAAGGCCAUCAAGCCCGCAUCACCAGUCGACGUCCCUCUCCCCUCGUCUCCCGACUUCCCGCCCACCGCAUGA